AUGUCGUCGAACGCCCAGAAAAUCAUCGCGCCUUUUAGCGUGUCUGGCAAAACUGCCAUUGUCACUGGUGCUGGUUCUGGUAUUAAUCUUUGCUUCGCCGAGCUUCUCCUCGCGAAUGGCUGCAAUGUCGUGAUUGCGGAUAUUUCUUUGAGGCCUGAAGCAGAGGCUCUUGUUCUGAAACAUCAAGACGCUACCGCCAAGGCUCGUGCAGUCUUCGUUCAGACUGACGUAACCUCAUGGCCCGCCCUUUCCAAUAUAUUCCAAGUCGCCAUUUCUGAGUUUAACGGCUUCGACAUAUUAUGCCCUGGGGCCGGCGUGUACGAACCCCACUGGUCGAACUUCUGGCAUCCACCAGGAUCCCCAGAGAGCAAGGACAGCGUGGAAGAUGGAAGAUACUCUCUGCUCGAUAUUAACAUUACUCAUCCCAUCCGUUCAACGCAAUUGGCAAUCUCUCACUGGCUGCAUCCCAAAGUAAUCACCAAUGCUGCCCUGAUGUCCGCCGUAAAGGCAUCGCCCGACAACCCCAAGAGGAUUGUUCAUAUCUCGUCCGUUGCGGGCCAGGUGCCAAACUUCAACGCGCCGUUGUACGCAGCUUCCAAGUUCGCCAUUACUGGCUUUGUGCGAAGUCUGGCUCGACUGGAGGAAACAGAUGGAAUCCGCGUCAACGCUGUUGCACCAGGAGUUGUGCGUACACCGCUCUGGACUGAGAACCCAGAGAAGCUCAUAAAUCUGGAUGCAGACCAGGACGGCUGGGUCACUCCCCAUGAGGUGGCAGAGGCUAUGCUACGAUGUGUUGAGGAGGAUUCUCUUGUUGGAGGAUCUAUUUUGGAAGUCGGAAAGAAUCAAACGCGUUUAGUCCAGACAUAUAACGACACCGGUCCGGAAAAAGACCCCAGAAAUGGCUUGUUGGCAAGGAAUGUAUCCAAGGGAACAGAUCUGAUAUUCGCUUGGUUGAAGGAUGCAACCAAAUGGGCCGUGGGCAGAGACUAG